AUGAGUAUCCGUGUGCACAAUUCGGAGCACUUCGAGGAGCUUCGACAGAAUGCACUGAGCAAUUCUUCUCUCUCAUCAAAAUCGUGCUCGACAGCCUCACCCGCCAAUACCCGCGGCAAAAUAACAACUUUCACACUGACAAAAGCGCCGCAUAUGAAACGAAUGGCCAUGAAGCACGAGCUGUACAGGAAGGAGCAGGAAGCUAUGCAGAAAAAACUCGCCGAGACGAUAGCGGAGAACAUCCAGCGUCAGAAGAGCAAGAAAGAGGGACAUUUUCUAAAGCUUCACCAAAAAGUAGAGGACGGGAAGGUCCUCGCCAAGGAGCUACAUGAAAAGUUGGAGUUGCAGCAGCAGUCCAAGACUCGCCAGUUUUCUCGGAUGCACGAAGAAUGGACCAACGACGUUUUCCACAAACUGAACGACCCAAUUGUGGCAAAAGUCCAGUCCAUGGACGGCAAGCAGCGCAGUGCUGAAAAGGCUGAAGCGUAUCAGAAGUUCCUGGAUAUUACCAACAAAAAAGGUGGCCUAUUCCGUGAUAUUAUCAUUGAAAGCGAGUACAAUCCGCUGAGUGACGCCAAGUUCAUCCACCAUCGCGCAAAAGUGGACGAUCCGACGAAGCGCGUCAUUCGUCGACGCGAAGAAGAGGAUGCGAUCGCUCAGGACGGCGCCAGUAUGUCGAGUGGAUAUAUUCGAGUCGUAAAUGGACAACGCCUCGGUCGUCCCGACAAUCUGGACGUGAAGCUCUGGUCCAAGGGAGAAUUUGAGAGCACACCGUACGGUUACUUCCACAAAAUGAUGAACAGCACGGCUAGUUCCGAAGGCUCCAAGACGUAUGCGUCGCAUGUGAAACUUGAUCACUACGACAUUGACAAAGACCCGGAGGUUCUUCGUCAAGAGCUACCUAAGGGAAAACGCACCAACUUCGACGGAUAUAAAAUCCCAAAAAGCACAUUUCAGAUUAAUUGA